AUGGAUGGUCGGACACAGUUUCGCGACCGCGAAAGGUCGUACGCCUCUCCCACUCACAUUCGCACGGCUUCAAGAUCAAGUACAAGUACUAGCGCAACCCGAAGAACACCCCAAAGUCCCAGCAGCUCCAGUUCGCACUUCGUAUCCUCUCCCCGACCUUCGAGUGGCCACCCUUCCCACAGGUUUCACCACACCUCCUGCGCACAGUCUACCACAACCUCACGACCGGCGUCAGUAGUAUCGAGAGAUAGAGGCUCCGAAUCUGGAAGGCAAAGCGCGGCAUCGAGUUACCUACAAGAGAAGCUUCAGAAAAGAAGGGAAGAGGCUGAUAGAUUGGCAACCAUACGAUCGGUACAUGACAUGAAUGCUUUAAGCGAACAUCCUCCGAGAAACCAUACAUCGCCCAGCAGAGGUAGCACUACAGACGGUCACCGGCCAAGGUCCGGCGGAGGCAGCAGCGAAUCUCCCAAGAAGAAGGGUAUGGGGUUGAAAGAAAUGGAAGCUACAGUCUCCACGUUACAUAAACAAAAUUUUGACCUGAAGCUUGAACUCUUUCAUCGACGAGAGAGGCAAACUGCUCUUGAAGACCAGCUUGAAGCUCUUGAGGCGGAGAAGGCACAAGCAGAUGACGUGAACGACAAGCUCUUGGACGAAUUAGAAAAGAGAGACAAAGCUUUGCAGGAAGCGGUCCAGAUGAUCGUUUCUCUUGAGGCCCGGGUCGAAACGUUGCUCAGAGAGCGAGAGAUGGUCCGGCAAGUCGAUGCCGCCGGUUACAUGCCGUCGACUGAGCUCGGCGCCAGGCUCAAUGGGCCCACGGCAAAGCCUCGGAUGGCUGACUUGAACCAGCUUGAGGAGGACGCCAAGACACUUAAUCGUAUGCCAAGCUUUGUGUCAGAGCACAAUGAGAAGACAGAUAACCUGCGAAAGGUUUAUCUCAAUUCUCGCGGCAGCCUUCUCAGCUUACCCAGAGCUGCAAUGCAAGGCAUGGAUGAGACGGAUGGCCGACGGGUCAACAGCCUGACUAGCCCGAGUCUCAGCAUUCUCAGUGAAAGCUCCUUUCUAAGUGUAUACGGGGAGAGGGAGGACCAGGGCCAGACCAUGGUUGCGGAUGCAGACGAACCACCCCACCUAGACGGCUUGUCAAACCAUUCACAACCCCGAAGACCUUCUUAUGACAGCCAACAUUCCAGGUUACGGAAAUCCGCGACGACAGCCCUGGAAAAUCCAAACAGACAGAGUCGGUCUAGUUCUAUCAAUCGGGUGCCGGGUCCGGGCCAGUUCCAGUCUAUCUAUGAUAUCAUCGACCACAACUCACCACUCCAACAGCUAGCAAGGCUUGAUCGUGUCUUUUUGGAAAAUUCACCGAUGCAGGAGCGCUUCUCAGUUGCCAACACAGGCCAAACACAAAAGUAUGUCAAGGACAUUAAGCGUGAGAGACUAGCCCGAGUUACGACAGAUGCACCUCCCAACAGACCGAACGACCAGGUUCUUCCUCCGACGCCUGAUACAAUCUCGACAUCAACUCUUCGAAGGUUCAAAAACUCGGACGACACACUCUCUCGUCAACGAGAUGUCUCGGGGCAGAGUAGCUAUCCCUCUAUUUCAGAAGACACAUCAACAGGCGAGGGGGCAGAACACAACGGAGGUGCACCUGUUUUGCAACGAGCUUUGAUAUCCGCUUUUGGCAAAGAGCCCACCAAGAAUACCCUUGGCGCGUGGCCAUCGUCAAAUUAUCGCCCUAGAUCAGCAGACGAGAGCACCAUAUCGCAUCGCAAGGGAGCUGAUUGGGAAUCUGAUGUCGAUUCUGUUCACUCUCUCGACUCUAGCCUUGACAUUUGGCUUCAACAAGGCAAAGAGUCAAAGGGACCUGGAAAUGACAGAAGCGAAUCCCCAGAUCUCUUCAACUUCCCUCCCUUGGGCGGAGGAUGGCCUCCCCAGACCGACAUCAGAUCCAUAGGCGGCCCAUUCAACGUCUCUGGACUUUUCCAGGAACCGGGCAAUCAUGUUAAGGAUUUGAUGUCAGCCCAAGAAGCUCUGUUCCCAGACACAAACCAGGCCCCUCCGCCGCCUAACAGGAGGUCAAGUUUGGGUGCCCAGACCAAAUCGCCGUCCAGGCCUCCGCCAGUCAAUGGGAAACUGCGCAAAUCGCCUUCCCGCAGCGGCUCCAGGCGCAACAGCGUGGACGUGCAGAUGCUUCAAUUAGCGGAGCCGGCCUCUCGCACCUCUCAGCAGCCAGAGCCGAAGUCUGAGUCGCGGCCAAAGGACGGCCACUACCCCCCUUCGUCUGUAGCAGCUCCGCGGGGGCGUAGGUUGAACUUCUUCCGGCGGUCCAUCGGCGGCGGCUCGACGGUGCCUUUGCCGGAACCAACUCCUGUGGCCGCCGAUGAAGCCGCUGCAGCGACAAAAACCGGCCCAAUGGGUAUGCCAUCGUGGGUGCAGCGAAGCAAUUUGGCGGACGAUGACAGGGCUAGUGCAACACCGCCCCCUGUUAUGAGGAACUCCAGAUUCGGCCGCGCUGCUAGUGUCGAUGAGGGGGCUCCCAUCGAUGACCGGCCUCCUAUGACCCCGACAACACCCGUGGCACGACGUGCUACCCUCACUCCCGUCGGUAGAGACGCAGCUUCUGCCGAGGCGACCCCUACGGCCCAUAGUGCAGGCGGCGGAGCGUCGCUAAAUAAGCGGAAGUGGCUCCCAGGGUUUGGGCGGGCGAGCAGCCUGAGGAACCGUGGUGGCUGA